AUGCUGAAAAAUGAGCCAACAAGGACAUUUAUCUACAUCAGUCACUGCACUGUGGACUGGAAAAGCUUGAGUUUUACAAUGAACUUAUUCAACUCAGCUUUUGGGAAAAACAUCAGUUUUGUGCGUCCUGCAUAUUUUGUAAUAAGUGGUUUUUCUGGCAUCCCAAAUAUCAAGUAUUACUAUGUCUUUCUCUUUUUUGUUUAUGUUGUUUCAGUGCUGGGAAACGCAGUUGUGAUGACUGUAAUCUACUUGGAUCAUAAUUUGAGAACUCCAAAAUAUAUUGUUGUUUUUAAUUUGGCAUUUGUGGACCUGUUUGGUAGCUCUGCUUUGGUGCCAAAGCUUCUCGACAUCUUUCUGUUUAACCAUCACUACAUUCCCUACAAUGACUGUUUGACAUUCCUUUUUUUCUGCUACACUAGCCUUUCAAUGCAGGCUUUUAAUCUGAUUGCACUGUCCUAUGACAGACUGAUAGCUAUCAUUUACCCACUGCACUAUCAAGUGAAGGUGACCAACAGGUUCAUGCUGUCUUUGAUUGCCUCUUUCUGGAUCUUUGUCAUAAUUGCUAUACUCAUUGCAGCUGGCUUCCUGACAAGACUUUCCAUCUGUAAAUCUGUGGUUAUUAACAGCUAUUUCUGUGAUCAUGGCCAAAUAUACCGGCUGGCCUGCAAUGACUAUACACCCAGCUUUGUUAUUAGUAUUUUGUUACCAGUUCUUAUUAUUUGGUUUCCUCUGAUAUUCAUCUUGUUUACUUACAUAUACAUUGCCUAUGCUUUGUCUAAAGUGGCCACAGCUCAAGAAAGACUCAAGGCCUUUAAAACCUGCACAGCUCAUAUUUCAUUAGUGGCAGUCUAUUUUCUGCCAGUAUUAAUCACAUUUACCUUGAUGGAAAAAAUACAUCCAAACGCGAGGAUCAUUAACCUGUCUCUGACCUCCGUCUUUCCUCCCAUGUUGAACCCAAUCAUUUAUGUUCUGCAGACACAAGAAAUCAAAGAAUCUGUGAAAAGGUUAUUAAAAAUCAGAUUCCAGUCAAAAAUUGUUAUUCCCAAAGUAACCACAAUGUGA